GAAGGCAGCGGAGCACCGCGCGAUUCAGUUAAAACCGAACUUUCGCGCCAGUCAGUCGUUACCCGCGUCGUUCAUCCCACGAAACCGACACACAGCGCUGUGCUUGGUGAAAGAAAGCCACAGAAAUCGUAACCAGAGAACCGAACCGAAGCGGAGCGGAGCGAGCCGAAACGAGAGCUGAGCUGGGCCUCACGAAGCGCGCGUUACACGGCGGUAUCGGGCAUCGGAGAAUCGCAGAAUCGGAGAAUCGGAAGUUGUUCUGUUUUGGAGUAGAGCGUUCGUCGUGACCGAGGUUUCUGCCCCCUAUACAACCAACUAGCCGACCAACCAACAUAUUUACCUAUCUGCAUAUACUGCAGUUGAGAUCGUCGUGCGUGGGUUUUGGAAUCACUCAAAUCGGUAGCUGUAUCUCGACCUAUGCUACGGGGCUGCAUUUGGGGGCAGCUGCUGCCCAUGGAAAUAUGUUUGGUACUGAGUCCAUCAUCGUCUUGCCACACUACCGUCCCCACCACCACCACCACCACGAACAACAACAUCUGCAACUACUACUACAACAGCAACAAAGUCAUCUGAAUACCUAACCUGCAAAGAAAAAGCGAUCAAAAUAACACCCCAGGAGAUCUACAUCAAACCUAAACCGAAACCAAAACCAAAAACAAAACAAAACUCGAACUCAGCCUGUGUUUGUGUACGUGUACGUCUGUUAUGUCUUUUUGCUUGGUCUCUUGUUGCUCGUAAUAUACCACCCUAAUACAAAACCUGCCCGCUAACGAUCAUGCAUAAACCAAAGCUAGGUAAUGCUAUAAGUGCUGCCGCCAUUGCCUCAUCUAUAUCGACCAACAACAACAGUAGCAGCAGCAGCAGCAGCAACAAAUCGAAACGGGCACGUCAAUUCAGCAAGCCAUCAUCAUCGAUUGGCGGGGGAGGAGCGGCGAAUCUAGCUAGCGAAUCCGUCUACGACCAUCAUUCAUCACUAAUUGGAGACUCAAUUGAUUUAGAACAUUACAUCAGCGCCAUGGAGGCCCGACGACACGACAACGAGCCGGAUGUCUGGGCCCAACUCCAGCAGAAGGAGUCGGAUAUCCUGCUCGCCGCCGAGCUGGGCAAGGCUCUCCUCGAGAAGAACGAGGAGCUUGUCAAGCAGCAGGAGAAACUCAUCGAGGACUAUUCGGCCAAAAUUGAGAAACUUGAACAGGAGAAGCAUGUGCUGCGCCAAAAGCUGGCCAUUGCCGAGGACGAAAGCGACCAGCGUGUGCUGGAGCUGCAGUCCGAUCUCAACGAGCUGAAGGAGAAGCUACAGACCCAGGACGCGGCCAUCCGGCAGGCGGAGAAGGAGAAGACCAUACUGAUCGACGAGCUGCAGCACCAGAACACACGGCUCACCGAACAGAUACAGGAGGCCCACGCCACCGAACUAAAGCUCAGCGCACAGAUACAGGAGCUAAAGGAUCAGUAUCACUACAGGAACAGCAGCCUGCAGGACCAUGUCAACAGCCUGGAGUCCAUCAAAACCGAACUCAACCUCACCACCGGCAAGCGGCAGGAGCUGGAGCGUCGCCUGCAGCACGCCCAGGAGGAGAAGGAGAGCCUCACCUCAUCGCUGGAGGAGGCCUCCGACAGAAUACACAUGCUGGAGCGACACGCGCGCGAGCAGGAAACAAAAUUAGAGACCACCUUGCAGGCGCUGGAACGCUCCCAGCGAGAGAACAAUGUCCUUAGCGAACGCUUGGGCGCCGACACUAGCUCCAGCAUGCCUGGGAAAAAAAGUCUACAAUUUGAAAUGGAGUGUGACGAUGACGAUGGCAGCUAUACGGAAACAGGGAAGCCCAAUCAUAUGUGGGUGGAGGCUCGUUCCGUCUACAUACAACUCAAGUCCCUGGUGGACUCUUUGAAAGUGAGCCAUGACGAUGACUCAGGUCUAAACUCUGAUAUAUCGCUGGAAUUGGAGUCCAUGGACAACACGAUCUCGAGCACAGAGCGCAAUGAUAGCGGGCACAUGGCCAUUGAGUUCCGACAGGGUAUGCUCUCGGCCAUGUCUGAUGAGCUGACGCGAUUGCUGCUCAACCUAGAUGCAGGCAACUUCAAGAAGAUGCUAGACCAGACCCGUAACCUUGUACUCGAGCAGGAGGAUGAGAUAAAGCGCAGCCAUCAGCUGAUACAGCAACUGGAGGCGAAGGUCACGGUCACCGAUGUGGAGCUGCAGAAUGUGAAGGAAGAGCGCGAUCAAGCACGCGGGGAUCUGGAGGAUGAUACGGAUCGGGAUGAGCUGCUUUCGAAGGCGCAAACAGAGCGCGAUGCGGCCAACGGGCGACGAACCAAGGCUGAGGUGGAGCUGGCCAGGACACGUGUAGAACUGAUGCAGGCCAACAGCCAGCUGCUGGAGUCCAUCCAACAGAAGGUUGAGCUCUCGCAGCAGCUGGAGCAGUGGCAAAUGGAUAUGCACGAGCUGAUCGACGAGCAAAUGCGCUCCAAGCUGAUCAACAACCGUCGUGCGCUGGCCACAGAGACCUCGACGCCACCGCCCAGCAGUGCAGCAGCCAACCUGGCCAAGAGAGUGUCUAGCUACAAGCUCUGGAGUUUAUUUCAGCGCUAAUUGGACAAACCUGAAGCCGCGUUGGAAGGUCUAUGCCACUCUCAUAUUCUUAAUGUAGAGGGUGGUGCGACGGACAGCAGUGAAUAAGAUAUAUUUUAUUUUUUUUUAAUAUUUAUACACACCAACCAACCAACCAACCAACCACACACACACAAAUGGAGAGCCCAGGCAGGCAUAGACAUAGAGAGCGUAUCUGUAUCUGUAUUUAAUGUAUUAUUGUACUUGAUUGAUUGUUAUUUGUAUGUACAUUGAAGCGUCGCAUCGCCCUUCUUCUGUUCGUAGUGAAAUCUGUCUAAUUACGCUUUAUUAAUUUUAAAAAAACUUACCACAUACUAUUCGAUAUGAUUAUUAUAUAUGUAUGAUAAUUAUUGUAAUUGUAACCGUACUCUCGUACCUAUGUUUAGACACAAAUCGUGUAAGCGCUUUGCUCUCUCCCUCUUGAUCUAUAUAUCUCCAUUUUAGUUCAGCCAGAUUACUUCUGAAUUGUUAACUGAUAAUCAAAAAUGAAAACAUAUCGCGCCUUUUUGUUCGCGGGGCUUUAAAAGCCCGUUUACGUUUACACGUUUUGCCUUUGAUGAGUCGCAACAUUUUCCCUUGAAGCAAUAGAGUUAGAGGAACUGUGGCGAUUCAUCGAAAUCUCUGUACGUAAGCAAACCUAAGUGUAAGUGAAGCAUUUAUGUUAUAGCAUAUAUGAAUAUAUUUUUCAUGCUGGCAACCGAAAUGGGCGCAGAUGAU